CCUAUCAAUCUGGCAGCUCCGACUGAUUUGUUGGCCAACACAUCUCGAACAACGGUUCCAACAGAUUUGAGGUUAUCAUUAUCAAAGAUGGCGGCGCUACUGACAGCCGAGCAGGAGCUUGCUGUCAGUAGUUUCCUAGAAAUUGUCAACAAAAUUCGCAAGAGGUCAAAUGCCAGUCCAGUUUCAAGGCACACUGCUCAAAAAUUUCUUACGGCUAGAAAAUUUGAUGUAACUCGAGCUGUGUCACUCUAUGAGCAGCAUGAAGCUACACGGCAGCGCGAAGGUCUUGUGAAUUUGGAUCCUCUUUCAGAUCCUCUCAAAAGUGAACUUGAAACCGGAAAAUUCACGAUAUUGCCAACUCGAGAUUCCACAGGAGCUACAAUUGCUGUUUUCACUGCCCGAAUUCACUCCCCGCAAACAUCCACUCACCAAACCACUUUACAGGGUAUUGUCUAUCAACUUGAUGCUGCUUUAACAGAUCCAGAUACGCAACGGUAUGGCCUUGUAUUUAUCUAUGACAUGUCAGAAUCCAAAUACGCAAAUUUUGAUUAUGAUCUCAGUCAGAAAAUACUCACCAUGCUGAAGGGAGGAUAUCCAGCCAAAUUGAAGAAGGUGCUGAUAGUCACGGCUCCUUUGUGGUUCAAAGCCCCGUUUAAAAUUCUUAGGUUGUUUGUUCGGGAGAAACUUCGAGAUAGAGUUUAUACAGUUAGUCUACCCCAAUUACCAUUGCAUAUCCCUCGUGGAUCGCUUCCAGUUCAACUCGGAGGCACUCUGGAGCCCGGUCAUCAUGACACUUGGUUGGAAAAUUGUGCCAAACUCAUGACACGAAACUGUGAUUUAGAAUGCGAAGAUGUAGUAUCAAUGGACCGUGUCAACGGUACCACUCAUAUUGAAAUAGUCUCUAAUCCAAAACAGGACGGUAUGAUGGUAGCAGAGGUCUCUGAAAGUGUGCUGUGCGGAGGAAAUGUAUCAGAAGAGGAGGAGGAAGAAGUCGUUGAGAUAACAAACAAACAUUCACCAAAGUGGAAUAGUAAUGCCAAUGCAACUAAUAGAGGAGGUGGUUCGCCAAUGCCUCCAAUUUCGUCAGCCAGUAGUGGAUUUUCAGAUGACGAUAGUCUGCAUUGUGACACUAACUGCGGUUUUAGUCUACCUCAAUUUAUUGAAAUUGUUCGUUCCAAAGGAAGAGCUGGUUUAAUAGCAGAAUAUGAGGAAAUCAAGUCCAGGUCUCCGGAUGGAACAUUUCAGCAUGCCAAAGCCCGAGCAAACACGCCAAAAAAUCGCUAUUCAGAUGUUUUAUGUUACGAUCAUUCUAGGGUAUUGUUGUCUCAAAUUGAUGAUGAUCCCAAUUCUGACUACAUAAAUGCCAAUUUCGUAGAUGGAUAUAAGCAAAAAAAUGCUUUCAUUUCAACGCAAGGUCCUCUGUAUAAGACGAGUGGUGAUUUUUGGCGAAUGGUAUGGGAACAACAAAGUUUAGUUAUAGUCAUGACAACUAGAGUGAAAGAAAGGAUGAGGGUGAAGUGUGAUCAAUACUGGCCGGAAGAGCAAGGCAUGGAUGUAACGUAUGGCAACUUCCUAAUUAGUAAUUACAAUGUGGAGUCACACGCAGAUUUUAUUAUUACUAGUCUACUAUUAUCUAAUACAAAGACUGAAGAGAUUCGAGAUGUGACACAUUUGCAAUACACAUCUUGGCCGGAUUAUGGGGUCCCGCACAGCGCCAACGCCAUGUUGGGAUUCAUCGCCAGAGUCAGAGACUGUCAAUCAUCCAUGUUGGGAGCUUUGGGUGAUACGUGGGCUGGGCAUCCUCGAGGUCCACCCAUUAUUGUACAUUGUUCUGCCGGCAUUGGUCGUACAGGUACUUUCUGCACACUAGACAUCUGCAUUAGCAGAUUAGAAGAUAAUGGAACUGUUGAUGUCCGGGGAACAGUAGAAAGAAUUCGUUCUCAAAGAGCGCACUCUAUUCAAAUGCCUGAUCAGUACAUUUUUUGCCAUCUGGCACUAAUCGAAUAUGCUUUAGACAAAAAAUUAAUAGUCUCUCCGCCGGACCUCACAUCCUUCGAAUUUACUCGCAGCGAUGAGUCAGAGUAACUAGUUGUGAUAAUAUGUUCAAAAUUUCAAUUAUUUUUGGUGAAAAGUUGUUGAUAUUCAAGUUAGUCGUUUUCCUUCUUUUUCUGAGAACCUCUUACGGAUCUGUUUUUUGUUUUCUUCUGCCUCUGUCUCGAGUGUCUGAAAUUUACCAAAGGUGCAUGUCUUGCUGAUCCAAUCAGUAAAAAAUAGUCCCCCCCCCCUCCUUCUUUUACUUUUUCUGUAUUUCUUUGUUUUUGUAUCAGUAUAUUCAAAGUCCCUCAUAGAAUCAGAAAUAUUGAGUGAAAUUGUGUGUAAGAUGUCUAGCUCGGACUCAAUCAGACUUUUAAACCUCUCAGGGAAAUUUUUUCCUCCCUUUUCUACAGCACCUCAUUAAGACUGGUAGCUCUUUAACUACGUUUUUAACUUUCACUCCUUUUUUCAUUUCUUUUAGAGACCUACAAGGUUUUUCAUACUUUUAAAUGUCACAGCUAUUUUGAAAAGAAUGUAGCUCAUUCUUUUAAAGCAAGUAAUGCUAAAAGUCUUUUUGGCUCAACUACAUAUUUGUACCAAAAUUAUUGGUAGUCCUUGCUGAAUCUUGAGGUUGAUCGUUGCGUAUUUUUAAAUCAAAACAAAUAAAUAUUUAAGUCUGAAAAUGCCAACACGCAAAAUUGUCUCUUUACUCAGUGACAUAUCAUUUAUUGAUUAGAUGCAUUGCCAAAUUUUUAAAAAAAAUGGUAAUAAUCAAUGAGAUGCAUCCCUACAAAAUUAGUUUUCAAAGCAUUCUCCAUAUUUAGUUGAGUUUUUAGGUUUUUACGAAACAAUAAUUAAUGCUAAUCAAUCAGUCAACCCUCUGCAGUGAAUGAGUCGAAAAAAUGUCAAUGAUGUAAGACAUGAUUCUUUUUUUCUGCACCCUGCGUUGCAAUUUUGGGCACCAAUAUUAUUUUUCCGGGGAUUUUGUGGAAUUAGAUGAAAUAUCAUAAAUAUUUCCAUACAUGCAUUGAUAGUUCAGCCAUAACCUCUUGUUUAAAGUUACUGCAAAGGGAGCAUUUUCAAAAGUAGUAGUGCUUAGCUGCACAACUGUAAAAGUGUAAAAGCUAAUAGUUCUUUUACUCAUUCAAAAAAUCUGGUCCUGAUCAGUACCCAGUAGAAUUUUGCAAAGCAUCUAAUUUAUUUUGGUUCCUGAAAAUCAUAUUUUUAAUAUUCGUUUCUUCGUCUUCAGUCCUCCUCCUUUUAAAACUGAUUUCCUUUUAUAGUGCCAAGGAAGAUUUCCUCUCUUGCUUCUACCUGAUUUUGAUGCCAAAGUUUUGGAAAUAUUUUCAGCAAAUGUGUAAAUUAGGCAAGUGACUAAUAAGGCUUCCUGAUAAAAAAAGGAAACUGCAAUUUUCCAACACGCUCUCCAAAAAAAAUAAAAUAAACAAGUUUUAACUUUUUUUUAUUUUUCUGAACUGUUCUGAUCCAGUUUGACUUCAAUAACAUGGCACAGAAUAUAAUUAUCCUUUUGAAAUUAAAUGUUUCUAUUCUCAUGUCCAUCAAGAGACAAAAUUCAAAAAAUUAAAUCUCAUUUACCUUUUCAGUAAGAAAACAGUCAUGAUCAGGAAGUAAAGAAAGUCGGAAUUGAAGUACACAUCCUCCUUGUUUAUCCCUCUCAAAACUGUGUGUCGGAAACUUGGCAUAUUAAAAAAAGUCUGAAAAUAAAUUUAAAGGCGAGCAUUAGAAUUGUUGCAAUUUUGUAAACAUUAAACACAUGCAGCAUUUUAAAACACAGAUGAAUCUUUACUUACCUAUGAUUUUUUUAUGCUAUUUGGUUAAGCUUGCUUUUGUGCAAUCUAGGAAGCAGUAUUCUGCAAAGAGAAUUUUGAAAGAAAUCUUCAUACGUAAAAUACUUUACUUGCAACUGAUUCAUCUGUGUCUAAUAUUGUAUGAGCCAGCUUUUUUUUAAUUAGUUCAAAAUUGAUAUUCCUAAAUUAUCUCUUUUCUUCCACAAGAGGUAUCUGCCUUCAUUUCCUGAGCAUUAAAAUUGAAGCCCCUUUUGUUUGCCAUAAAACGAUUAUUCUUACUCAGACUUUAAUUGUAAUUUUAUCCUCUUAAAAUUGAGUAAAAUAAUUUCUGCCAUUUUUCUAAUUAGGUUAUUAACUGAAUAUUCAAUAAUUUUCACUAUCUUUUUUGCUUGAGAUCGCAUUGUCAGUUUGAUUGGUCCUGAUUUUUUGAGCACUGCAUGACGACUUUCGAAAUUCAAAGGCUUUACUGGUGCCUUUUGGAAGGUUUUGAGCAGUGAGUGCCUGUACUCUUCGCCAGAAAGAAAAGCAAUCAAAAUUUUUAGUAGUUAGUAGUGUCUAAGCAUAUGGCAGAAAAGCAUUUUUCAAUUUAUCUCCUACUCCUAUGUUGUAAUUUUAAUGUAAUUUUCAAUGCAGGGGCCUUAAACUCUGUGUUUGAUGUUAGUUAAAAAGGAAUAUAUUUUUGGUUUUUCAAUAAUGAUCCCCCUCCCCCUCUUUUUUGGUUGCCAAUUUUAAGAGUCAUCUUCGUGUAAAGGCUGGACGGUAAAGGUCAUCUUUUCAAAGCCGUGUAACAACUGAAAACAUCCAUUUUAAUUUCUUGCCUUGUUGAAUCUCAAACAUAAUUUGUUUUCUUGUUACAUCUUGUACCAGGCACUUCAAGUUACUUGGUUGUAUGGAAAAUAUUAAGAAUAAAUUCUUCUGUUUUUAUCCUGCUGAUUGUUGGAAAUGUAAAUGACCAUAUGUAAUAAUGUACCAUUUACAAAAUGGUACUCUCAGGUGCCAGGAUGAAUGAUAUUAGUGUAUUUUCUAAAGGGAAAGGAAAAUACAAUAUUGAAUAGUUUUCAUUCUUUCCGCUCUUUGUUUCACAUUUUAGUCAUUAAAUUUGUAAUAUUCUCUACUGAUUUUAAAAAUGAACUCUUUUUUCUUUAUUUUAUUCUCUAUGAAUUCAAUGUGCGUCUGGAACGCUAUUUGAUUUUAAUUUCCCUCUUUCUGACUAAUCUUUCUAACUUUUCAAAACAUCAUGCCAGGUACUUCUUUUUGCCGCUAAUUUUGUUAAGUUUUUCAGCCCUCAUCAAGGUAGUACAUAAUUGUGAACUUAUCAUUGUUUACUUUGGGGGAGAUUCUUACAUUCUAUUGUAAAAUAAUUUCAACGUUAAUCCAUAAAUGAUCUUUAUUCUCAUACGUCAAAUUAUGUAGGAGCUUACAAUCUAGUCAUAUUUAAAAAAAUUUCUAACAUAGAUAAAAUUGUGUCAUCGCUGUAACUUGAAAACUCUUUGGAUUUAAUGAUAUACAUUUUGCUCCAAAAAUUGAUUUUUUACAAAUGGAAGUCAAUUUUGCUUUAAUCUGGCUUUAUAAUCGCUUCUCAUUUGUGGCAUUAAUAUCGAUUGAGAAUCAUGAUUGUUUUAAGGAGCUGUUUGGAUAUCAGUAAUUAUUAUACAUCUAUAGCUUAUUGAAACAAUAUAUUCACAAGUCUUAAACAAAUUACUCAGUUCAUUUCUUCUUCUUUUUUUCUAUAAUCCUGAAAUAUUCGAUAAAACUGUAAGCGAUUUCAACAUUUUAUGUUUAAGCUCUAAUCAUUCCCCCUCCUCUUCGUUGUAUUAAUCCUUUCUACUCUAAAAGAAAUAAUAAAAAGAACAUCAUGAAACCGAUAACAUUUGACCACUUUCAAAGCCUGAAUCAAUUUACCAGGGAUUGAAAAACAGCAUGAAAGGAGGCAUAGAAAAAUUGUUAGACUCAAAAUUGAUUGCCACUAAACCGCGUCCACUGCCAAACUUUCUUUAGUUCAACUAUGAAUUAGGUGUAGCCUCCUUUCCAAUAAUGCUUCGAUCAUGCAAAAAAAAUUUAAAACUGUCCUUUUUUUCAGACUUCUAUAUCAGCUCGAUCGGAAAGUUUCAGUCUUGAGUUCUGAAGGCUGCAUGUAUUUUGACAAUAAUUAAAAGUUGGGCCUGACUAGCUCAGAUUUUUUCCAAUUCUCCUUGGACCAAUAAGGAGUUGAAGAAGAAAAGAACAACACGUUUAUUGCAUAUAUGCAUGAAAUAUCAGGAAAAUGAAGGUUUCUUUGUGCCUCUUGUCCCCUGUUUUGCUGCAAGAGGGCAUCUCACUUUUCAAUGAGUUAAAUUUAUUGAUUAUCAAUUAAUUAUCCUGUCGCAUUUCACUGAAUUCUUGUGUUUGAUUUUAGUAACAUCGUUUUCUACCUGCCUUGUCUGAUCAUACCUUCUGUUGUAAAAUUGAGAAUUUCAAGCAAUGACGCAGCUUGUUUCCCUGUUAUAUGUUAACAAAUGAAUGAAUAAAGUAGGAACGGUAAUUUUGAAACCUUGCAAUUGAGGUGAAUGAUUUCAGAGCUUAGUUAUUGGAUUACUUUUAAGGUUCUGAUUGCAUUCUUUUUUAAUCAUGUGAAAUGUUAUGUUAGAUCCCUCUGGAAUGCCUGGUUACAGGAAUCGGCUCUUUCUAAGUAUGGUUUUAUUCCUCUAGUAAUAUUGAAUUAUUUGUGAAAGUGUAAUUUGACUGUACAUAUUUAUUUCAAAAGAAGAGAUGAUUUUCUUUUGUAUAUAGUGUAUGAUAGUUAUUAUAGAUUUGAAUCUAUUUGUUGAUGAAUUUUUGUAUACUAAUACCUAGCAAAGAUUAUAACAAAUUCCUAUGUAUGAAUUUGUAACACACGAAUACCUAUUCUGUUCGAAUGAUGACCGUAUUUUUUUUUCUUUUUCCAAAAACCAAAUACUUAUUAUAUAUUUUAUAUGUAUCCUAAA